CUUGACACAGUGGUUAGAUUGGUUAGAUGAAACGCAAAAGGGGCCUGUGAAACAUUUUUCCGAAAAUGUACAUUGCAUACAUUCGUACUCUGUCAUUAUUGACACGUGUUAUCUUCUUAUAACGCUGUUCUUUUCAAGUGAUGUGAGAAGAAACGAGAAGAAGUAAUCGCUUGUUCUUUAAGAGAGUUACAGAAACACUUAAUUUUGAUGGAAUUGACUUGACUUCUGCAUCACUAUACGUACUUAAUAUUGACCGUAUAGAGUUGGGAGAUCUGAUGGCAGAUCUUAAUGAGGAGGAUGAGGAGUCCAAAAGAAGGACUUCUUUGUUACCCAUCUUAACGAGAGAGAAUAUGCCUUCUUCUUCUUUACAUUAUAAUGAUAUGAAGGGGAUUAGUGUGUAUAGCCAACCAAUAGGCGAACAUUCUCCUUUUUUUGCCUCCCUUGUCCAACAAUUUGUAAAGAAUGUUCUUAGCUUUAGUUCUCAGUACGGCGGCAGUAACAGCAUAUCUUACGCCGCUGCUAACAUAAUUGGGUCAUACAGUAAGUUUCCAGAGUAUGGAGAUUUUCCACAGACGUUUGCCAUGAGAACUUAUGGACCAUGGUGGGACAAAGCACCUUCGAGAUCAAUCGAUUAUAUGCCACAAAAUAAUAUGGAGGUUGUGAGCCAAGAUUAUAUUAAUGUUGAGUAUGCUGUAGCUGUAUACCCAAUUAGAGUCUCUAUAUACGAAGUAUAUAAUCCCGGGAGUGUAGUUCGAAUUUGGGCUCAAGAUCCUAACGAUCGUUGGUUUCUAUUGUGGAAUGGACCGCCUCAGAUUGUUCCUUCGACGUCACGGAUGUUUUCCCCACCUUUACGGUCGUGUGAUUUUAAAACUAAAACACUCAGACUGGAGUUUAACCACAGCUUAUUGGACUAUUACACAGAGCUAGAUGCUGUACUGCUCAUCGGAACAACAGAAUUGAUUCUUCCGAAAGAUCAAUCCCACAAACGGAGUAUAACCAAUUUAUUAAAAAGCAUCAAUUGCAAGUAUCCUUGCCGUUGGGACAUACAUAAUUUAACGCCGGAUUAUGAAGAUGCACACAUGGAUAUAAUUCAUCUUAAGAAAACAUUCGAUGAACAUUGUAUUACAUUGCCAAACAUGUUUUGCGAUAAAAGUGGCAGAGUAUUGAAUCUCUACAAGAGCAAGCUAAUAUCUCAAUUAGGACCACUUUAUUACUAUGUACCACCUCUUAAAGAGGGAUCUAGUAGUAUGCAACACUUUUUAUCAGAAGAACUUUCAAAAUUUACGAACAAUCGAGUUUCUUUGGAUGAAUCCAAGAAGUCAACACAUGGCAGUUUUUCCGUGCUUCCUCAUGAAAUAAUGAUAAAAAUAUUAAGAAAUUUAGACUUGAUGUCGUUGUGUAAUAUGGGCAGAGUAAAUAAAUAUUUCAAUAAUUUAGUACAAGACCCUCUGCUCUAUAAAAGUUUGAAUCUAAAGCCGUAUUGGCAUAUUAUUAGUACAAAGGCGUUGCACUAUUUGGCAUUCAAAUGCAAAUAUUUGCGACGAUUGGAUCUUUCGUGGUGCGACAGCUUUUCUGUCUCGGAUCUCGAAAAAUUUCUUGACACUUGCGGUAGUCUCUUAACGCACUUACGAUUAGAUUGCUGCUCGUGUAUUGACGACUCUGCCAUGCUUAAAAUUUCGACGGUAUGCAAAAAUUUGAAUGAAUUGAGUCUACGUAAUUGUGACUCGAUAAAGGACCAAGGAUUUUUGUGUCUUGAAAAUCUUGAAUCGCUGGAGCGUUUAGAUCUUUAUAGAACGCGGAUAAAAACUCAAACUCUUUGCAAGAUAUUGCGAAAAAAUCGACGGAUGCGUCACUUACAUAUAGGAGGCACGGACAAGUAUCUGAACGUAGAUGAAGUUGCAAUGGAAUUAAGAAACUCGUGCCCAGAUUUGGAGAGUAUAGAUUUAUGGAAGGCACACACUCUUACAUCACAAGGUAUCGAUGCCCUCGCUGACUGCAAGAAUCUACGGGAAGUGGAUUUUGGUUGGUGUGGCAGCACGACCGGUCAUGGUGACAGCUUCCGUAGGUUGUUAUCCUCCUGUGAACACCUGGAAAAGGUCUUUUUGGUUUCUUUUAGACAGCUGACCGAACGCGAUUUGAGAGAACUGACGCUGUGCAAAAAUUUAAAACAGUUGGACUUGUUAGGCUCGCUAUACCUAACAACUGAGAUAUGUUAUGCAUUUUUCAUAAAUUGUCCUAAACUGGAGAUGAUUGAUCUCAGCUUCUGUGACAACAUUACCGACCGCUCGAUUCAGCAGUGGCAGCAAAUGUAUCCGCAUGUGGCCAUCAAAAGAUUAAAAAACAACGAAUGAUUAAUGUAGAAUUUUAAGGUUUAAUGUAAUAAUGUAAAAGGUACCUUCAGAAAAUUACAUUUCCAAAAACUGCGCUAAGCGCACGUGACUGUUGAAAGAAUAAAAUAGAUUUGCAUAUUUUACAUUUAAAUCUAUUUUUUCUAUAAAAGUAACGUUAAAAAUUGUGAA